CCUGUCUACCACACAGUUUGCCGGCGUGCUUCGCAUACUUUGGUUGCAUUUUUUUCGCAUAGUCGUCAUCGUUCAUCUUCAUAGUCAGCACCGUCGCGUUAAGCUGGUUGCCACCAACAAACAUUGCACCGACCGCAAAUAUCCGCAUUUGCAUUCUCAAUCGCAAUAGCAUUUGAAAUCACUUUAUGUGCCGCGCGCCUUCGUUUCUUCACUGUUUUUUUGCAAUUUUUUGUUUUGGCGCGGUUUGACUUUGUGGUCGCCCUACAUAGCCUUGUACGUACAUAUAUGUGUGUCGUGAGAUUAGCGUGAGCGCGAUAGUUUGUUUGGGCAAAUUCUGAAUGCCGCAUGCUACAUAGUGUCAGCCUGCAAUCAAGUUUCCAUAUUUUGAUUUAUAAUCGUGCUUCAGUUGCGCGCGAUUGCCAAAGGCUACUACUGAUUUGUCAUAUUUCGCGUACGAACCUGUAUUAUUUCCCGCGGUGCUAGUUUUGUUUUCAUUAGCAAUGUGUUGCUUCAUUUACGACGUUUGUUGAGCUUUCGGUGAAAAAUUGCCGUGUUUUUUUUCAAGUGAAUUGAGUUUUUUGUGCUUUGGUCAAAACUACUGAGCGUUAGUGCACAAAAGUGUUAUUCACAAAAACAGUAAAAAAGUAUGACUGGACUCUAUGGUGAUUGUAUACCCUCAAUGAAAUAAAAGAAAACUAAAACAUAAAAUCUGUCGGCCAUAAUAUUAAGAGAUGUGUUUUUAGUAUCGCGUUAUAAAAAGACAAGUCCAAGGUGCCUCAUAUUUGGAUACUGCUUUAUCCGGCGUGUUAUUAAAUUUGUGUAUACUUUGAGAUGUUUACCGAAGGUUUCGGCUUAAAACUAAAUACAUAGAAACGUACCGAUAAGACUAAAAAGUGUUCACACGAAAUUACUGAUUUCAAAUAAUAUACAAAAAUGACGUUUGUCAAAACUACAAUUUUUAUGCUGACGCAAAUAACUUCGAUAGUUUAUUAUUAAACGAAGUAAAUAUUUAAUUAAUAUAAGCUCGUAAAGUAUAACUGACCGACCAAUGAGUGUUAUGCUAAGCAAAAGGAAAAUAUAUUUUUCGUAAACGCUAUGAAAAUCAAGAGCAAACUUCUUACCAAAAGUCUUCAUAGAAAAGAUAAACAAACGAAUCAAUUUGCAUUCAUCAAGAGACAUUAUCGCACAAUUUAAAGAUUGAGCUAUUUUCUUGCCGUUGGCAGAUGUGAAGGCUGAUUGAAGUGAACAUUAUUCACCAUUAGUGUGCUGCCACCGACAAUAGCUGUGAAUUUUCACACCAUUCUGCAACACCAUUUUUCGCACGUGUUUUCCUGUGGCACAGUUUUCAUCAUUUUCUCGGUUCCGUUUCCGCACUGUUGAAGCAACCUAAGACUUUAAGGUUGCAAGUUGUUUGUGUGUUAGUGUUUUGAAUAAGGCCACGGGCGUUUUUUGUGGUCCUCGUGUUUGUGCGCCCGUCACCCAGAUUGCCCCUAGGCGUGCAACUCAAUUGUAAAUCAAAUGUGCUAAUCACCGUUUGGCUGACAUUUCGCGCCUCUUUUCUCGUUGAUUACGCCAGCUGCAUCUAUACUCGGAUUUUCGCGUGCGUUGUCCAUCCAAAACGCUGACAUGUGUAAGAGCGUGCAUGUGCUGUUACUCCUUCCCCUCCUUGCCAUUGCUAUUAAGUUAUGCCCCUUUUUCGUGUUGCUGCCAUAGUGUACAUGGAUUAGUUGUAAGCACAAACAACGAAACAAUAACAACAACUCUGGCUGCUCAGCGGCAAAUGGAACAAUAAUAAUAGUAAAAGCAACACAGAGGACCCACCUUGGAAAACCGCUUUACGCUAAUUUAUGACUUAGUCAUUACUGAUGUUGUUUAUGCGAGUGUUACUCGACAUUGUUGUACAUGUGUAGUUUGUGUUGUUUCAUGUUGUAACAGCAAAGUGUUGCAUCAUUCCGGUAAAUUAAAUUACAAAUACAUACCACACAUUUGUGUUGUUGGCCGGGGCAAAUUGCUACAGCAGGAGUGUAUUUAUGUAUUAACACUGCCAACCAGAUUUUAUUAUUUGGUUUGAGUCUAUGUUAUUUUAGAGCCUGAUGCCUCAUCUUAAAUAGUUUCCUGCUCUUCCUGAUCGUCCCGCAACACAAGACGAACGCUGAUGCUAUGAAGGCAACAAGCAACCUCAGUUACAGCCACUCCGUUGCAGUAGCUAACACCAGCGCCAGCUCAAGCUCCACGCCCACAUCUUACUCUGCAAGUAGUAGCAGCACUUCGGCCGCGUGCUCACAACUUACCACCCCUACCGCACCGGCUGUAUCGGCAUUGGUUUCAGCCGCAACAGCAACAACGAAAUCAACAAAGACAAAACCUGCAAUCAAAACGUCAAAGGUGAGCUUUGCACCGCUAGACAUAACCUUCCCGCCUCCGAACACAACCUCCAACAUUAGCAGCUGCGCUACAACGGCCACGUGAUACGAAAAUCCCAACAUGCCACACAACAACAUCGUGUGUGAAUGGCUGCGUGCCAUAGGUAUGCAACAGUAUGCCGAAAGCUUCAUGGAAAAUGGCUACGAUGAGCUGGAGAUCUGCAAGCAAAUCGGUGAAAUCGAUCUAGAUGCUAUUGGUGUAGACAAUAUACAGCAUCGGAACAAACUUCUGAAGAGUGUGCGAUCAUUGAGGGAGAAAGGAGCAGCCAUUGUGUAUGUGAUGAUUAACGAUCCGAAAGCGUUGAGUAGUAGUAAUGAAAUUCUGGCAUCUGAUUGUGAUGCGCCAACAACGAUGAAGGAGCUGGAGGCUGUUAUGAAGCGUCACUUAGAGGCUGAUGGAAUUCGAUUGACAGCACACCCAUACUCGACGCCGGAGGGCAAACGUGGCUAUUUGGAAGGCCUUGCCGCUCACUAUAGCAAACAGAUUAAUAUGCCGUACGAGGACGUGUUGGACGCAAUUGAAGAGGUACGCGUCUCCAAGUGGAAGGAACGGCAUGUGCGCAUCUCGACAGGGCACACGUUGUCAAGGCGAGCGGGUGGCAGCAGCAGUGGUGGUGGUGUCAGCGUCAUGUCUAGCAUGAUGGGCGGUGGUGGCGGUGUAGGUGUUGGAUUCGGUAUGAUUGGCGGCAAUAUCGCAAAUCAAUCAACCUUGCCAACAAGUCACAGCCAACCAUUGUAUGUGCCAGGGAAGUAUUCGCCAUCUAGUUGCCUUACGAAUCGUGAGGAGAAUGAAAUAUACAGCUAUACACAAAACGAUUUGGCAAAUCGCAUGGCCCGAAGUGCAAUUGAUUCGAAAUCGGCGGUUAACCUGAAUGGCAUGCAACACAGUUAUCCGGGCGCCAGGCGGAAUUUCUUUUAUGAAUUCUCGGCAACAGAGGGACGCAAUCGGAAUAAAAGGCGCACUGUGUUCGCACGUUUCCUUAGCGGCUUGAAGCAAGGCGCAGAGGAAAAUAGCCCUAAUGAAGGAAUGCAGUUGAAGUCCUCCGAAAAGUUGAAAGCCUGCAGCACGAUGAAACGCGUUGAGCCACAUCAGAAUUUCGAAGAGACAAUAAGACGCUUGAAGACGCAAAAGAAAAAAGCUGAAUCACAUGACAAAGGAAUACACGACAGGGGCAAAGAGGUGGCGCACACCAUGGUCAAUGAAAUGCCACUCAACAAUUAUACGAAGCAUCCUUAGGACAUGGCAAUAAGCGAGGCGACGGAGGCAAAGGAGCAAAAAGAGUCAAAUGAUGUAAAAGAGCUGAAAGAGACGAAUGUAGUGGAAACGGCCCAGGAGGCAACAGAAGGCGGUAAAGAGGGCGCUAAGGACACCGAUAUUGUGACGAAAUGCAGCAGAAACUUUGGGAAAAAGGAAAUAAAUGAAAUUGACAAACAUAUCUACGAAAAUCAACUGUGAAAAGGAAGAAAUAAGUGCAGUAAAAGGAUAAGAGGAGCUGUUGGGUAAGGACAUAGGAAAUAACUCAUCAGAUGCGGAGAUGGUGCGAAAAUGAUAAUAACUUUGCGGUUGUAAUUAUACAUUCAAUUUUCCAUUUCUCGAAUUGCCUGACUCGAAGCGAAAAGUGAAAAAUGUCAAUAUCACAAAGAAAAAAAGCAAUUUCUGUAGUUUCUCCUUGCCUGUAGAAUUUGCUGGAUAAAUUAGUUUCAUUUGCAGUUUUAAAAGAAAUAUUGGCAUUGGUGAUGCCGCAAGCGUGAAAGGGAAUAGAGAGCGAAACGCAUAAAUGUGAAUGGCAAAAACCUCAAUUAAAAUCCGCAACAAUAAUUUAAGUCCUUUCCAUCGAAACCGACCGAACCGAACGCAGGGCAGACAUAGUACCUACGUACAUAUUAUUCACUUAAGGUCCCCAUACACAGGCACACACGGCAACCACUGAGUCAACGUUCGGUACAUGCACGCAUUAAAUUUUACACAUAUGCACAUAUUCAUACAUACACAUGUAUGCAUUCAUAGAAAAGAGAAUAUGCAAUAAAUUAGGCACAUCAGUCACUUUCACAGUCGGAGCUGCGAAGUUUUCUUGCCCCGGCCGUUGACCAAGUAAAUGGACGAGACCAACGAGUGAGGAAAAUCUUUUCGUGCGUCAAUGUGCUUAAAAAGGGAUAACAACGUCCGAUACACCAGGGAUUAGCAGUGAAUGAGCGCAAACCAAAUGGCCAACAAACAUACGGACAUACGGGGAGAUUAUGGACUUGUGGACUGGGCGUAUAGCACAGUGUGAGUGUGUAUUUUGGUGUGGCGAGCAAUUGCUUAAUGGGUAUACCGAUGCCAUUUCGAUCGACACCACCAACUGACCGAAAAGGCUUUUCCUGCAUGCAUACACCUACAUGCUUUUACAGAUACCUACAUACAUACAUAUGUAUUUACAUUUGUAUCUAUAUGACUUAUCGUAUUGGCACGCUGGUAUUUCAUGCGGGUUUUCCAACACACACAUGUACAUACACAUCGUUACCUUCAUUCACAAAGGCCCUAUCCAAAUUUUUUUUUGUUUUACGUAAAAAACGUUUUAAAAAGUGGCAUCACUCCGUGGUUUUUUGUACUAACACUUUAAAAUUUUUAGUGAAGGUUUUUUUUUAAUAUAUCCUUCCAAAUCGAUAAAGUUCAGAUUACCCUAUGAAAACGUCUUAACGGGUUGAAAUCGGUACCAAAAUUUAUAUGUAAUAUCCUCGUCUUUAGUAGUAUCGAUUUUGGGUAUUAAAUGAAAAUAAC